AUGGUUUUCUGGAUGGGGUUAUCAAGAAGCGGUUUGCUUUCUCGUCUUCUUGUGGCAACAGCCAUAAUCGCCUUGCAGCAGCAUUUCGCCGUCCAAGCAGUUACACCGGCUGCACAUUAUGGAGGAGGCGGGUUAAUAGUAACAGGGCAAGACUAUCCGUCAACUCUCGAUGAUCUACAAACACUCGAUCUAUCAAACGAUCUUGUUGUCAGCAAAGCCGGUGGCAACUGGAUACCUGUCGAGGCAAAAGGGCCGUUGCAGGCAGCACCCAACUUUCUGUUUGUUAUGACUGCAGUCCCUCAGAACAAAAGCUUUGUGAUGAACGGUGGAUUAGGAUUUAACAAUCAGUCAGCACUUGUCCAUCAAACAAUUGCAUUCGACACCUCAACGGAAACAUGGAAAGCAAUUGAUAGUGGAAAUAUGCUACAAACACGUCAAUCAACAAUGAUACUCGGUAGCAAUAAUAUAAUUUACAUAUGGGGUGGCAACAGUGACAUCUUUACGGGGUACGCUGGAGAAAAUUACGCGACCGAUAUGAAAAUUUUAAACUACAUGACAUCAUCAUGGAAUACAGCUCCAUUAACAGCAGGCAUACCUCCUCGCAUUGAGCAUAGUGGAACACUUUCGACCGAUGGAAAAACAAUCAUUUAUCUUGGUGGUUUGUCAGCAUCACAAAUAAUCGCUGCUGAUCAGACUGUGCAAUACCAAGUAGUUGGCGCACCAAUGUCAAGUAUUGUUAUAUACGACACAGAGCAAGCGCAGUGGACAACGAAGCAAUCAUCAGGUCCUACACCAACAAACAGACGACUUCAUGCUGCAGCAUUGAUACCUAACACAACAACAAUCGUACUAUAUGGUGGAGCAGAAGCAACUGGUGAUAGGCCUGCAUCUGAUUACUGCUAUUUGCUGGAUACAAACACGCUGGGCUGGCAACAGGUUACAUUUAAUGACGACAGUGGAGCUGGUCCACGCUACGGGCACUCACUUGUAUUGAUUGGAGCCGAUAGUCUUUUUGUUCUGUUUGGGAUCGACAAUAAUGGCGCCACGCGCAACGACUUUAAUGUGCUUAAUGUUACGAGUUGGACUUGGAUGGACGAUUUUCAAGGUAUAGCACCCACCCCAUCAGGUAGCCCAUCCGAUCCAUCUUCAAGCAUCGUGCCAUCAUCAACCGCAAACGAUAAUGACGAUGGCUCUGGAUUAUCUGGAGGUGCUAUUGCGGGUGCAGUAAUUGGCGUAAUUCUGGGAAUUGCGCUUAUUGCCGGCAUUGUGUAUCUGCUGAUCCGCCGAAAACGACAACAGCAACAAUCUGUUGCCAACGAUAACGACGAUCAGUUAGUUAUGUUUAAAAAUGAGCACGGUGAUAACAGUGGCCAGAUGGUCUACAACGACACCACCACACCACCCCCACCCGUUAUUACAAAAGACAAUGACAACACACAAGCCGCAUUCUUUAUGGCGUCCUCUUUAAAUUCUUCUCCAGCAGCACACAAAUAUCAAGUCGAGGGCCCGCCACCACCACCAGUCAUUUAUACCCCUCAGCAUAUGCCGUAUUCGGAUAACAGUUCGAAUUUUGCUACAGCAUCUUUGACGAGUAGUAAUAAUAUCAGUUACUUCCAACCAUCUUCUAUUUCAGGAGGAGGAGGAGGAGACCGCUCAGGACGAUCAACUCCAGUCAGUCCUGAAAAACCUGAUGGUGGCGUACCUCGUAUGAAACUUACGGCUGUGAAGCCUGACGGAGCAUAA